UUAUUAUUAUUAUUAACGUUCCAUUUUCAUCAAUUUCUCCGUCACCCAUUCUCUCUUUCUCUCUCCGUCUUAAGACUCCUAACAACCAAAAUCGGCACCAUCGCCAGGAACCGUCAAAGAAAAUGGCAGCAGUAUGCAAGAAGAUUGUUGAAAAUGUAAUUGUAGCAAAGAAUAGGGAGUUGACGACAAAUCAAUACAACCAAAGGGACUGUUGUUCUGCGGCGGCCCCUUAUAACCACCGCAACUUCCUUUCCUUCCACGGAGGGAAAAAGUUAUUACCAAAAUACCACUGUUGUUUCGUUAGCCGUCGAAAUAUUUACUGCAAUGCUGCUCCGUCGACGACUGCGGUGCCAUAUCUGGAGAAGGUGGAUUUUAUGAAGCUUCAGAAUGGAAGUGAUAUUCGAGGUGUGGCUGUUGAUGGCGUUGAGGGAGAACCUGUUACCCUCACUGAACCAGUUACAGAAGCAAUAGCAGCAGCCUUUUCCGCGUGGUUACUGGAAAUGAAGAGGGCUGAUGCGUCCAAACCUUUGAGAGUGUCUGUUGGCCAUGAUUCCCGCAUAUCUGCACAGGUGUUGCAGGAUGCAGUUUCUCAAGGUAUUGCUGUUGCAGGCCUGGAUGUUGUUCAAUAUGGACUGGCAUCUACCCCUGCAAUGUUUAAUAGCACACUAACUGAAGAUGAAGCUUUUUUAUGUCCUGUUGAUGGGGCUAUAAUGAUAACAGCUAGUCAUCUUCCUUACAACAGAAAUGGGUUCAAAUUCUUCACAAAUGCUGGUGGGCUUGGGAAGGCUGAUAUCAAAAUCAUUUUAGAGCGUGCUGCAGACAUAUAUAAGAGCUUCACAGAUCAAGGUUUAAUGAAGUCAAAACAGAAGGCUUCUGAAUCCAUAAAAAGAGUUGAUUACAUGACUGUGUAUACAUCUGAUCUUGUGAAGGCAGUCCGCAAAGCUGCAGAAAAUAUAGAGAAGCCAUUGGAGGGAUUCCAUAUUGUUGUUGAUGCUGGAAAUGGAGCAGGAGGAUUUUUUGCUGAAAAAGUUCUUCAGCCUCUAGGAGCUAUCACCUCUGGCAGCCAGUUUUUGGAACCAGAUGGUAUGUUUCCAAAUCAUAUUCCCAAUCCAGAGGACAAGACAGCAAUGAAGGCUAUCACCCAGGCAGUCCUUGAGAACAAGGCCGAUUUGGGGAUCAUAUUUGAUACUGAUGUUGACAGAUCUGCUGCUGUUGAUUCCAUUGGUCGUGAGUUCAACCGGAAUCGUUUGAUUGCCUUGAUGUCUGCCAUUGUUCUAGAGGAACAUCCGGGAACAACCAUUGUUACAGACAGUGUGACUUCAGAUGGCUUGACAACAUUUAUUGAAAAGAAACUCGGGGGAAAGCACCAUCGGUUCAAAAGAGGCUAUAAAAAUGUCAUUGAUGAGGCUGUUCGUCUGAACUCUGUUGGUGAGGAAUCACAUCUGGCCAUUGAAACCAGUGGCCAUGGAGCUCUGAGAGAAAACCACUGGCUUGAUGAUGGAGCAUACCUCAUGGUUAAAGUUUUAAAUAAACUGGCUUCAGCUAGAGCUUCUGGAAUUGCUGGCGGCAGCAAAGUUUUGACUGAUCUGGUGGAGGGUCUGCAGGAACCAGGAGUAGCUGUGGAAUUGAGAUUGAAAAUCGAUCAGAACCAUCCAGAUCUUAAAGGAGGAUCUUUCCGAGAAUAUGGAGAGGCAGUGCUGCAACUUUUGGAGAAUCAUAUAGAGUCAGAUCCGAAGCUUCAGAAAGCUCCUGUUAACUAUGAAGGGGUUCGAGCUUCUGGUUUUGAUGGGUGGUUCCUUCUUAGACUCUCACUUCAUGAUCCCGUUCUUCCCCUUAACAUCGAGGCAGCUAGCCAUGAAGAUGCUGUGAAACUUGGACUCGCUGUCUCUUCUGCUGUCAAGGAAUUCCAUGCAUUGGAUACGUCUGCCUUGGAUAAGUUUAUCCAGACAUAAUUAGUUGAGUUUCUAGUUGCAGCCUUUCAGUUUCCAUGUGCAAGACUUUUUGUUGAAGGAGGCAUCCCUUCAGAGUGGGUUAUCUGCGGAGAAGCAAAACAUCGGGUGCUUCGGAGUCUUUCUCGUUAAAUCUGAUUUUGAUGAGAUAUUAAUAAAUACUGAGUGACGAGCCUUUUAUCCAUAAUAAUAAAUUGCAGUCUUUGGUUAAACAUGCUAUUUGAAUUCC